GUUGUGCGUGCAGCGCUACGCUGCGGCUUCAGUUUAGCGGAUAAAGUUGAGACUUUCCCGUUUGUGCGUCUCUGACAUGAAAACCGUGUGAAGCUUCAGACGGAGCGGACCUUCAGGACGACCACCGGUGUCGCAGCAUCGGAGCGACCUCAUUGGCUGAGAUCCAUCUGGAGGUGGAGUCAGAGUGAGGGCCGUGUUGUGGGCGGGACUUUCUCUGAGCAGGGGACAAGAUGCUGCUGACUUCCUGCUCCGCCCCCAGCAGCUACUCCUGGCUCUGGUGUCUCCCGAUCCUGUCAUAUAUUUCAGCAGCUCUCGCGGGCGGCCAGACGGAGCCGUGCGCUGGACGGGACUGCUCCAUCUGUCAGUGUUUCCCGGCCAAAGGAGCCAUGGGUGCUCCAGGUGAUCUGGGGCCACAGGGUCAUCAGGGCGUCCCGGGCUUUCCAGGUCCUCAGGGGCCUCCAGGAGAAAAGGGCCAUAGAGGAGAUGAGGGGCCGACAGGAGCUGCAGGACUGAAAGGAGACGUGGGAAAUAUCGGUGUUCCUGGUUUUCCGGGCUUAGAGGGUGUCCCGGGACAUCCGGGUCCACCUGGAGGUCCUGGUUUUCCAGGUCUGGACGGAUGCAAUGGGACCAGAGGGCUGAGAGGAGAUACUGGGCUUCCUGGAGAACAAGGACCUGAUGGAGAACCGGGUUUUCCAGGACUGAAGGGAUUCCCAGGAGAUCCAGCAGUCUACUUCAUACAGUACCCUGGAGUACCUGGAGACCCCGGGCCCAGUGGACUUCCUGGCCUGCAGGGUGAGCAGGGUCUGCCUGGUCCGAGGGGAGUUGUGGGUCCAGCAGGACUGGACGGAACCAACGGUUUCCCUGGUCUGCCUGGUUCCAGGGGUACACCUGGAGAAAAAGGUCGAUCUCUGCCCGGACAGAAAGGAGACGAGGGGGAUCAGGGCCUCCAGGGGCCUCCGGGACCAUUUGAGUAUGUUGACCCUCCAGAAGACCUGUACAUCAAAGGAGAAAAGGGUCUCCGAGGGGUUAAAGGAAUCUGUGGAGUUCAAGGGCUGCCGGGGCUGGACCCUCUCCCAGGAAUCAAAGGAGAGAAAGGGAUUCUGGGAUUCCCUGGGCUCAGGGGAUUUUCUGGCAACCCUGGGCUCCUCGGAGAGACGGGUUUCAAGGGGAUUCAAGGAAGUCCAGGUCUUCCAGGUCUGAUUGGACGAGAAGGUCCUAAGGGUGUGAUGGGAGAUCCGGGUCCUAAAGGGCUUCCUCAGGAGGCACAAAUAACACACCCAGGUGAGGUUGGGGAGAACGGGCCCCAGGGACUGAGCGGCCCUCCAGGAGACAUGGGGCUGAUGGGAAUGCGUGGACCCCCAGGAGCCCCCGGCAGAUCCAUACCUGGAGGGCCAGGUGCUGUGGGUCAGAGAGGAGCUCCAGGAUUCAAAGGGGACAGAGGAGAUCCAGGUCAGGUCUUUACAGAGGGACCCACACCUGGUGAACCUGGAAAACCAGGACGUCCUGGACUUAGAGGAAUGAAAGGAGAACCAGGGAUUCCAGGUCGUUACUGUGUUCCUGGAGUCCCAGGAGAAUCUGGAGAGCUGGGACAGCUGGGACCCCCAGGGUCUCAGGGCUUCCCAGGGUUUAAAGGCACUCGUGGCGACUGUUCUUGUGGAGCUCCUAUUAUCCUGAGGGGCCCCCCCGGCCCUGUGGGUGACCUGGGGGAUGCAGGGACUCAAGGACUCCCCGGGGCCCCAGGGCAGAGAGGUGAGAAAGGUUUACCUGGAGACACUGGAGAGCGUGGCCAACAGGGUCUGGUUGGAUUUCCAGGCGUCAAAGGGUUCAAAGGUCAGAAGGGAGAUUUCAUCGUGGUGGAUUUUAAAGGUGAGAAAGGAAACAGGGGCCAGCAAGGCCCUGCAGGCAGACAAGGAUUCACAGGGAGGAGAGGCCCAAAUGGACUCCCUGGGGCCCCUGGAGACCCCGGUCCACAGGGGGAAAGUUUUACCAGCUCUCCUGGAGAAAGAGGCUUUCCAGGAUUUCAAGGGCCAAAGGGACUUUCAGGACCACCAGGAUACCAAGGAGCAGGUGUAGUUGGAGCAAUAGGACAGCGUGGGACCCUUGGGGACCAAGGACCUUCAGGACUCCCGGGUCUCCCAGGGUUGAGGGGGGCUAAAGGUGACACUCUGCCCUGUGCAUCCAGAAACCCCGGUCCCCCUGGGGAGAAGGGAGACACUGGAGACCAAGGUUACCCAGGACUCCCAGGUCCCUCAGGUAUUCGUGGCAUCACUGGACCUGAUGGAAUUAAGGGAAACAAAGGAAACUAUGGAUUUCCGGGAAUACCUGGAAAACUAGGACCUACAGGUAUUGUUGGAGAUACAGGAGAAGAAGGACCUGAAGGCUUCAGUUAUGGAGGAGAUCCAGGCUCUCCAGGGAUCCCAGGCUUUCCUGGACUCAGGGGCGCAGCAGGGGACUCUGAUGUUGGGCCCCCAGGACCCAUCGGUGUCCUGGGAAAACCAGGUGCUCAGGGACCUAAAGGAGUCCCUGGACCCCCUGGCAAAGAUGGACUACAAGGAGUCCUGGGUCUGGCUGGGGGACCUGGAGCGAAGGGCCAGAAAGGACAGGAUGGAGCUCCAGGUAUAACUGGUCCCCCAGGCCCCUCACCUAACCUCUGUGACAUAGGAAAACCCGGUUCUCAGGGCCCUUUUGGCCCUCAGGGACCCAUUGGACCCCCAGGUUUUCAGGGGGAGAAAGGAGAGAUGGGGGAGGUGGGUCCUCCAGGUUUUGGCCUCCCAGGCCCUGCAGGUAAAAAUGGCUCUCCGGGUUUCCCAGGGUACCGGGGGACCCAGGGUUCCUCUGGCCCCAUUGGAGACUCAGGACUGCCAGGGCCCAACGGUCCGAAAGGUUUGUUGGGGCCUCAAGGCAGGUAUGGAGGGCAAGGGGUUUCAGGACAGACCGGUACUCCCGGUGCUCCAGGGAGGACAGGUGAGAGAGGGUUCAAUGGACGGGAUGGACCUCAAGGAUGUGAAGGGCCAAAAGGAGAGAAAGGCUGUAAAGGUCUCACAGGGCCUCCAGGACAGUUCACGUGCGUUCCCAUCAAAGGAGCAAGAGGACAACCAGGACCCAGCGGUAACAGCGGCUUCCCUGGAUCACGAGGAAAUCAAGGUGUGCCAGGAGCUACGGGUAAGCCAGGGCAUCCAGGCAUCAAUGGACCCCGAGGCAUCACAGGACCCCGAGGACCCUCAGGACCCUGCGGUAAGACAGGACCUCCAGGACCACCCGGAUGUAAAGGACCUCCAGGACUCAUCGGCUUCCCCGGGGAGACCGGAGAUCCAGGUGACCCGGGAGUUCCAGGGAAAACUGGAAUACCUGGUCUCCAAGGAUGUCCUGGACAGAAAGGUGAUAAAGGAGACUCUAUUGGUUGUCCUGGUAUACCUGGAGAAAAGGGGCCUCCUGGAGACUUCGGGUCCUCAGGAUGUCCUGGAGAUCGAGGAGAUCCUGGACAACGUGGUUUUAUUGGGGCACCGGGACAGAAAGGAUGCAAAGGAGAUCUUGGCCACCCUGGAGACCCGGGUCCACCAGGUGUGAUUGGUCCCUCAGGUCCCAGAGGUCGUCCGGGUUGUCCGGGUCUUCCUGGCAAGGCGGGUGCCAAUGGUCCUGCAGGACCACAGGGCUGCUCAGGACUCCAAGGUCCUCCUGGACCACUGGGACUUCAUGGACUAGACGGACUAAAAGGAGUGAAGGGAGACAUGGGGACCAGAGGUCUGGGUGUGCCGGGUCCUCCAGGUCUCAAAGGUCUUCCAGGGGAUAAGGGUCCUCCAGGUCAUCCAGGUCCUUGUGGUCCAUCCCAGGCUGGACAAAAAGGGCCGAACGGCACCCCGGGACGCAAAGGACCUCCAGGUGAUUGUGGACCUCCAGGUCAACCAGGACCAAGCUGUGAAGAUCCAAUCCCAGGCCCUUGUGGAGAUCCUGGUUGUCCUGGACAAGAUGGAGAGCCAGGUUGUCCUGGGCUCCAGGGAGAUCCAGGCCCGAACCCUUGUAUACCUGGGGAUGAUGGGGACAAUGGGGACAGAGGAUGCCCGGGGCCACCGGGGCCAAAGGGAUGUCUGGGGCCGAAAGGACCGCCAGGCUGCCCCGGGAGUCUUGGAGUGAAAGGUGAGAAGGGGUCACAAGGUCUGAUGGGAAUACCUGGUAAACGGGGUCCUCCAGGUUGUUCUGGUCCCAAAGGGCCUCCAGGACCAAAAGGAUUUGAUGGGCCUGUGGGUCUAAAGGGAGAGACUGGAAGAGUCUCACCCUGCCCCCCUUACCCACCCCCUGACAAGGGCCCCAAAGGACUCCCUGGCCCAUGUGGUAAAAAUGGAGAGCCUGGCCUCAAGGGAGAAGAUGGCCUGAAGGGACCCAAAGGGAUGAAGGGAGAUCCCGGAAAUCAAGGACAUUUAGGCUUUGUGGGGCCCCAAGGUCCCAGAGGAGACCGAGGAAUUCCAGGCCUGCAGGGGGAGACUGGAGUAAAGGGAGACAAAGGUGUUCGUGGUCCAGUCGGUGAACGUGGUCGUGCAGGACCAUCUAAAAUCUUGAACUCGGGCUUCCUGUUGGUGAAGCACAGCCAAUCAAAGAUUAUUCCCACCUGUCCAUUAAACAUGAAGGCCCUGUGGAGUGGUUACAGUCUGCUGUACCUGGAGGGUCAGGAGAAGGCUCACACUCAGGACCUGGGUCAGGCGGGGUCGUGUAUGCGUGUCUUUUCCACCAUGCCGUUCUCCUCCUGUAACAUGGGAGCCUGCUCUUACGCCAGCCGUAACGAUAAAUCCUAUUGGCUGUCGACAACGGCAGCCCUGCCCAGCAUACCUGUGGGCGGACCCUCCAUCGAAGAGUACAUCAGCCGCUGUGUGGUGUGUGAAGCCCCCUCCUCACCUGUCGCACUGCACAGCCAGACCUCCAACCAGCCAGACUGCCCCCCCGACUGGAUGAGCCUGUGGACUGGAUAUUCCUUCCUCAUGCAUACAGGUGCAGGUGAUGAGGGUGGCGGCCAGUCUCUGACGUCAUCAGGUAGCUGUCUGACGGACUUCAGGCCACAGCCCUUCGUGGAGUGUCAGGGGCCUCGAGGAACCUGCCACUACUUCUCCAAUAUUUACAGUUUCUGGCUGACCAGAGUGGACACGAACACGUCCCCCACACUGACCCAGGGCUGGCAACAGAGGGGGAACAUCGGGAGGUGCAAUGUCUGCAUGAGGAAGUGAGGAGGAGGAACACCACCUCCUCCUCCUGCAGGAGGGAGUGAGGGGGACGCUUCGCCUCCUCCUCCUGCAGGAGGGAGUAAGGGGGCGCUUCACCUCCACCCUCUGCACGAGGGAGUGAGGAGCUCCUCCACCGAGGGGGUGCACAAGGCAGGACUCGGUUAUUUGUCCCUGUGAAUAGAGACUGUCAUGUUAAAGAAUCAAUCAACCAAUCAAUCAAUCAGCCAAUCAAACACUCAGUCAGUCUUAUUCAGAUCAAUAGGAGUGACCCAGAGCAGCACAAAUGAUCAAACCCAUUUAUUUAGUCUUUUUAGCGAACGUCACAGACAGAUGUUUGAACUGAGGUUGUCUGAUGUCGGCGUUUCACAGCAGAGUCGUGAUGUAUCGAUGAACAGGUCAUGUGAUUAAAAAUAAGCAGCUGGGCCUGAAUCACCAAACCAGGUCGUGGAUCUUAACAGUCACCUGUUUUCUUAGAAUAAAGAGAGCUCCUGAUCCAUUUCAUCACCUUUAUGUUAAACUAAAAGAAGCGUUUACUGACCGUCACUGUUUCUCAGAUGCACUGAAGCAGAAUCAAAACCCAGCAGGUGGAUUACUGACCUGACAACAUCAUCAGCGACUUUAUUUUUAGCUGCGCGUGUCCAGUCAGUAUUAUUUUUUAAAUUCCUGAAUAUGAACAUGUUAAUAUUUGUAUCUGGUGCAGUCUGUGCGCUGGUGUGAUUUAUUCUCAGUGUCUGACACAGUGUUUUAUUUCGCCACAACAAAAACAAUGAGCUGUUGUAAAAAUGAAAGACGCAGCUGUUUUAUCAGUAUUUUUGAAAGGAGCUGUUGUGAUGGAUAAUUAAUAAUUAUAAAUAAUUUGUUGAUGCUGUUAAUUAGUCAUCAAACAUCUGAGUUGUUCAGGAGCUGAUAAUCCUCUUUAUUGCUCGGCAUUCACCUGUAUUUGUGCCAAACACUCUGUUUCCUGUCCGCAUCAUCAUUUAUUUACAAUUGUCCAAACUCAUGAAUUGAAAACUUCUUUUAGUCCCCGUCCCGCUUUGUCUUUUUUAAGUUCAGGGAAAGUUCAAGACCGCCGACCUACGGCAACAUCCACUGAACAGUCACAUCUCGGUUGUGAUGUGGUUUUAUCUCAGUCAGAACUCUGUAAUAUCUCAGUUAUAAUUUAUUAUGACUGAUGAUAAUUUCAUUUAAACGUUAUUCAGCCCCAGUUUGAACCUGGUGAUGAUGAUGUGAUCAGUUUAACUGAAGAACUUUCGAUUUGUUCCACGUAAUAUUUAUUGUUUUCACUGUCGUCGAGUGAAAGCCUUGUUUUACCUGGGUCAGUUUCUGUGAUGUCACACCCUGUAAAAGCCGAUUGGUUGGCGUGACAUUCUCUUGUCACCAGAGGACAACGACAUACACCCGAGUGAACUUUAGCCCCGCCUCUAGCGCCGCCCACAGCCCAACCAGAAAUGCACUGAAAGCGCACUCUGAUUGGUCAGCUGAGAGGCAGUGACUGCGUGUCAUUGGUCAGUCAGUAUUUUGUGAAUAAGUAGGGAAAGAAUUGUGUGAGAAGCUGUGAACACAUUUGACCUUGAAACGUAUUCUUGUUCCAGUUUUAUUUCCGAUCAGACGAGUUUGGGAUCCUCCUCUCGGUCUCUUUUUAAAUGUUUCUAUGUUUCAGUGUAAAAUCACAACGUCACAUUUUAACACAGAAAUGAUUUAACUCAAGGUCUGUUUAACACUAAACCGACAAGUAGUGACAAUCUGUCGUGUUACAGAGUCGAGCAUCUGAGCUGCAGCACAGAACCAGAACCAGGACAAGUUCAGAAUUAGAGGUUGAUGUUCUACGUUUUUAUUUCCCACAUUCGUUUGUUCUUAAUGUUGUAGAUUUUAAUAUUUCUUUGUGUAAUAAAUAAUUUUCACUUGAAUAUUUGUCUGAAAGUUUCAUAUAUAGACAAAACCAAAGGACACAAAUCAGUGUUUUAAUAUUUACAACAGAAUGAACUUAAGAAAAUGUGUUUUUAAAAAAAACAAGUGACUUCCAGUUUAGGAAAAAUCUUUUGUGAAAUCUUCAGUGGUAUUUGUCUGAUUUCAGUUUACUUUCUAUAUCUGGUCCUGUUUCAGUUUCUGGUUCUGGUCCUGGUUCUGCCACUGUAUUAUCUCUGUGAUUUGUAAAUAUGUUUGAACUCAACCGUUUUAUAUUUUUACUGUAAAUGUCACCAGAGUAUUUAUUUAGCCUGAAAUUAAUGUUGGUGCUAUUUGAUGUUUCAUUUGUUCGUUUUUAUUUUAUUUUGGUGAAUGGUGACACGGGUGAAGCCCUGCCCCUCUCCAUCCUCCGCCAAAUUAAAAUGACAAACAUUAACGCAUAUUCCUCUGACUAAAGACAGACUGAUUUUUAUUCCACUGUUCUGUUUUUGCUUUUUAUUUAUUUAAGAAUUUAUCAGGACUGAACUUUUUUUAAACUGAACUUUUAAAAAAAUCCUCGUUUUCUGUUCAGAUUUUUAAAUUAAUGAGCAGUUGAAACAUGAAUACUGCAGCAUUUAAAGAUAAAACAAAGACUUUAACUACAAUUCCCUUGAUGCUUUGAGAGGUUUUAGUUUAAAUGUUGAGUUCAGUUCAGCAGUAAAUCCUUGUUAAUGUGAGAUUCUAACAGAAAACACCAGGUUAAAAGAGGAUUAAAACAAAAAAGACUAAAGAGAAUAAAAUGAGAAAAUCAGGUGUCGCAAGUGGGCGGGACUUCGUUAUUACCUGAGGAGGAUAAAGUGGGGGAGGUGUUGCUGUGUCUUCAUUCUGUUUUUAUUGUAUUUAAAUCUGUCUGGUAUUUUAAUCUCUGUAGGAGUAAAAUUCCCACUAACACUUGUGAAACAUUUUACUCUGUGGACGGACGACUUCAAUAAAUCGCAUCAAACUUUCA